UUCCUUAAAACAAAAAGUGAUCGAACUACAAAAAAGCAAAAGUCACCUUAUAAACAACCCACAACCACACAUUUAAAUAAACCCACCAUCAUUUUCUCUUUGUAAUAUAGAUAUAUAUAUAGAGAGAGAAUUUGUAUUUGUAUGUAUAUAUGGGGAUGACGUGGGACGAUAUCGUUUUGAUCGAGGAAGGCAAGAAUAGUGAUGAAGCAAGUGUGGUGACGGUGAAUUGUCCUGAUAAAGGUGGCCUUGGGUGUGACCUUCUACGGAAUGUACUUGAGUUUGGACUUUAUGUUACCCGUGGAGAUUUCUCUACUGACGGGAAGUGGUGUUACAUUGUGUUGUGGGUUGUUCCACGGCCAAGCUCACUGAAAAUUGACUGGGAGAGCUUAAAAAAGCGGCUUUUGUCUUGUUGUCCAUCGUUUUUACCCGCUUUCUAUCUCAAUCAGUUACCUAAUCGUUCUAGACCACCUACAGUAUAUGUGUUGAAGGUUUUUUCCAUGGAUCGCAAAGGGUUAAUACAUGAUGUCACGAAAGUCCUUUGUGAUCUUGAGCUAACAAUUCAACGAUUAAAAGUCAUGACAACUCCAGAUGGCAAGGUCUUGGACCUCUUCUUCAUUACGGAUAACUUGGACUUAUUGCACACAAAUAUCAGACGAGAAGAUACGUGUGAGCAUCUUAGUGGUGUCUUAGGAGAAUGUUGUAUCAGCUGUGAACUUCAGUUAGCAGGGCCUGAGUACGAAUGCCAACAAGGGUUUCCUUGCAUAUCAGAUGAAAUUGCAGCUGAAUUGUUUAGCUCUGAGCUUUCCACAAAGGAAGAUGCUUCACAAGCUCUUAGUACAGACGUGGAAAAUGUAAAGAAGGCGGUUAUAACUGUGGAUAAUUUAACGAGCCCAGCUCAUACCUUACUUCAAAUACAGUGCCUUGAUCAAAAAGCUCUUAUCUAUGACAUUUUAAAGGUCUCCAAGGACUGCAAUAUCUGGAUCGCAUAUGGAAGAAUCUCCAGUAGUGUUAAUGGAUACCGGAGUUUGGAUUUGUUUAUCCAGAAAGAUGAUGGGAAAAAGAUUAUAGAUAGUGAGAACCAAGCUGCUCUAUGUUCUCGACUAAAGGAAGAGAUGCUACAUCCUUUGAGAGUCAUCACCACAAACCGUGGCCCGGAUACAGAACUUUUAGUUGCUAAUCCUGUCGAGCUUUCUGGGAAGGGAAGGCCACGUGUUUUCUACGAUGUCACGUUUGCAUUAAAGACGUUGGGGAUAUGUAUUUUUUCGGCUGAGGUAGGAAGACACUCGACAUCAGAUCGUGAGUGGGAAGUGUACAGGUUCCUUCUGGAUGAAACCCGAGGAUUAUCAUCAACAAGCAACCGAUCUAAGCAGGAUAUAGUUGACAAAGUCCGAAGAACACUUAUGGGCUGGUGAAUAAAACUUCAAUUUCCAUUACCUGUCUUACAUUUUGCCGAUAAUUUGCUAAUCAUGGUUCUUAAAAUGUAUCUUGGUUGCCUGAUUAGCAUCUCUGGUUCUUGGAAUCUUGGUCCUGUUGGAUCAUAUGAUUUCUGCAUGCAAUGUGGAAUGUUGUGGCUUUACUGUGAUUUAUGUGUUACUUUUUACUUUUUAACA